AAUCAAAUACUGUAUGAACUGGUAGUAAAUUAGCCCUGAGUUCAUGUUAAGCAUACAUCAAGUUUGAAAUCUAAGUUAUUGACUAAUUGUAUUGAAAAAUAUUUGUCAAAAAAGUGUUUCAAUUAUUUACUGAUAAACAUAUAUUGCAAUUUACAAAAUGGGUUUGGAUUUGAAUCGAUUGAUAGACAACACCAUUGAUGAAGAACUUUUGUGUUGUAUUUGCACAGAUAUAUUAACUGAUCCAUUAAUGAUCGAUAGUUGUGAACAUGCCUUUUGCAAGACAUGUAUUUCAGAUUGGUUUGCAAUCAACAAGUCUUGCCCUAAGGAUAGGAAGUCUUUCAGUGAAAAUAUGUUGGUUCCGAUUCCUCGGUUUAUGAAAAACCAUUUAAAUGAUUUGAAAGUCAAGUGCACCUUUGGCUCGAAAAAGUCGGGAUGUCCUCUGACUGUCACUUAUGGUCAACUUUCUCAACACGAAAAUGGAUGUCAAUACAAUCCUAUUAGCAGUAGAAAGACAGUCAAAGUUGACGGUCAGGAUAAUUGUUUUCUUAAGCGUAGACCACAUAUCGACAAACUUGUCUACGAAACGAUUGGCACAUCAAUGAACAGCUCUUCACAGAAACGAGCCGUUAAUUUAACUAAAGAAGCGGUGAGUCUAUGCGGUCGCUAUAACUUUGGACAGAUUGCCGCCUAUAUUAAGACACAUCUGGAACCUCAAGACAUGAAUCUCUGGCAUUGCAUUGUUGGCAAUGAUUUCGAUUGUUUCUUAACCGCUAACUUUGAUUAUAUAUCUCUUAAAGUGAAUGAUAUUUUUAUUAUUUUUUAA